UUUUUAUUUUUUUUACUUUUGGUUUUAUUUUUAAUUGUAAUUUUUCGUCAACCCCUAAAACUCCUCAACCCGAGGUAGCAGACCCAAGUAGUAGAUGAUCAAAUAUAAUUUGGUUAACAGGGAUGAAAAAAAAAAUAUAUAUAUAAAACAAAUUGUAUUUUUAUUUUUGUUAUUAGUUGUUAAAUGAGCUGGAUAGGAUUACGAUAUACAUUGAUCCUUAGUGAUGUCUGAGCGCGUCCACGUCUUAUGAACGCGUAGACGGAAGUGUAGUGUUGUGGCUUUGAGCUUUGUACCUAAGCUUUAUGUUACAUUAAUCCAUCAUGGGACUGACAAAGCAGUAUUUGCGAUACGCUGCCAGCGCAGUUUUUGGUGUGAUCGGCAGUCAGAAAGCCAACAUUGCCUAUGUAAUCCUAAAAGGAGGAGAGAGGGGGCGGUAUGUGGCAGUUGCAGCCUGCGAACAUGUCUUUGUAUGGGAUGUACGUAAAGGAGAGAAGGUUCUAAUUCUCCAAGGUAAUAAGCAGGAGGUGACUUACUUGUGCCCUUCCCCGGAUGGUAUUCACAUGGCUGUGGGUUAUGAGGAUGGAUCGAUCCUCAUUUUCAGCCUCCUCAAUGGGGAGAGCAACGUCGCCUUCAAUGGACAUAAGGCAGAAGUCACUGUCAUCAAAUACGAUCAUCUCGGGGCGUGACUGGUGUCAGGAUCAAAGGGAACUGACACUGUAUUGGAGGUAUUCAGUGUACUGUCAGAUAGUGAGAUUAACAGAAUAAUGGAGAGGAAACUGAAGAAGGCAAAGAAAAAGGCAAAACAGGCUGGAGGAGAUGAAGAGGAAGCGGUGGUGGACAGGUCUCUUCAGGAUGAGAUCCAGAGAAUUUCCAGCAUCAAGGCUUCUGCCAAGAUCAGGUCGUUUGACUGUUUCCUGUCCCCGAAUGGAGAUCUUAAGGUGGCGUUACUGCUUCAGAACAACACAGUAGAAGUAUUCAUCCUGAAAACAGCCGGCAAGACUUCUGAAUGCACCAAGACUGCACGCCUAACUAUCGGUGGACACCGCACUGAUGUCCGCACCUUGGCCUUCAGCUCAGAUAACAUUGCUGUGCUUUCUGCCUCGGCGGAGACCGUCAAAGUCUGGAACAGAUCAACCUUGCAAGUUAUCUGAACGAUGGCUUGUGAAUAUGCGCUCUGCUCGCUUUUUGUUCCUGGAGACAGACAGAUCAUAAUAGGAACUAAGAGUGGAAAGCUGCAGAUUUUCGAGUUGUCCUCUGGAAUUCUGUUGGAAACUGUAGAUGCCCAUGAAGGAGCACUGUGGUCAAUUUCUCUUUCUCCAGACCAGAGAGGGAUUGUAUCCGGAGGAGCAGACAAGAUGGUCAAAUUCUGGGAGUUUGAACUUGUUAAGGAUGAAAACGCUGUCCAAAACAGCAAAAGACUGACUGUGAAUCAUAAGCGCACCCUGCAGCUGGACGAGGACGUCCUGUGUGUUCGCUACAGCCCUAAUCAGAGACUGCUGGCUGUGUCCCUGCUGGACUGCACUGUCAAGCUAUUUUAUACCGACACACUUAAGUUUUUCCUUUCUCUCUAUGGACACAAACUGCCAGUGCUGUGCUUGGAUAUAUCCCACGUGAGACAGUGUAUUGAUACCGGUUCAGCAGACAGAAAUGUGAAGAUUUGUCUGGAUUUUGGAGACUGCCACAAGUCACUUUUUGCUCAUGAUGACAGUGUCAUGUUCCUGCAGUUUGUGCAGAAAACGCAUCUAUUUUUCACUGCUGGAAAAGACAAGAAAAUAAAACAGUGGGACGCAGACAAGUUUGAGCACAUCCAGACUCUAGAGGGUCACCAUCGAGAAGUGUGGUGCCUGGCUGUGAGUCCCAGUGGAGAUCACAUUGUGUCGUCAUCACAUGAUAAAUCGCUCCGGCUGUGGGAGAGAACAAGAGAACCAAUCAUUCUAGAAGAGGAAAAGGAAAUGCAAAGAGAGGCAGAAUUUGAAGAAAGUGUGGGCAAAGGGGAUGAACCAGUGGUUCCUGGGGAAACCACAGGGGAGGCCGGCCUGGCUGGGAAGAAGACAAUUGAAACCAUUAAAGCUGCUGAACGAAUUAUGGAGGCCGUGGAAUUAUACAGGGAGGAAAGCAAGAAGUUGGAAGAUCACAAAAUUUCUUGUGAAAUAGCAGGGAAACAGUUACCUCCUCCUACAAUGAGUACAAUCCUGAUUGCCUUUGGAAACAUCUCUCCCUCUUGAUAUGUACUGGCUGUUAUCAGAAAAGUAAAAUCCAGUGAAUUAGAAGAGUCUCUACUAGUCUUGCCUUUCUCUUACAUUCCUGACCUCCUCACUCUCUUCAAUGAAUACAUCCAGAAUGGGCUGGAAGUUGAGCUGAUCUGUCGGUGCCUCUUUUUCCUACUCAGGAUCCAUUUUGGACAGAUCACCAGCAAUCAAAUGCUGUUGACAGUGAUGGACAGUCUCAGGACAAAUACAAUUUCUAGAGUAAAGAAAAUUAGGGAUGUUCUUGGAUUCAAUAUGGCAGGCCUGCAGUUUUUACAGCGUGAGAUUGAAAGUAAAGAAGACGUGACCUUCUUUGCUGAUGCCACAGACCGGUUUGAGGACAAGAAAAGGAAAAGAAAGAAAAGGGAGAGAGCCAUUCUUGCAAUUGCCUAA